AUGCCUGCUAAAGAUCAAGCUCAACCCACAGUUGCCCCUGUGGGACAGCUCGAUUCCAUGAUCGAUUACAACAAGGCUAUAGAAUACUGGUCUGGUGUGGAGCCCACUGUCAAUGGUGUUCUAGGAGGUUACGGUGAGACCACCUCGGUGCCAAAAGCGGAUGUGGUUGGUUCCGCAACUUUCAUGAGGAAAUUAACCCCAAGACUAUCGGUCGAAGAAGGCAAGAUCAAGUACGGACUAGAUUUCGGUGCUGGUAUAGGAAGGGUUACCAGAGACUUCUUACACAAGCAGUGUGACAAGGUGGAUUUGCUUGAGCCUGUGAAGUCUUUUGUUGACCAGAUGGAAGUUGAAUUGAAGUCGUUAAAGGAAAAGGGGAAGAUAGGUGAGAUAUACCAAAUCCCAAUGCAGGAUUGGGAGCCCUCUGAACCAAACAAAUACUAUCUAAUUUGGUGCCAAUGGUGCUGUGGACAUUUGCCAGAUGAUGCUUUCCUUAUCUGGCUGGACAACUGCAAGAAAGGACUACAGGAAAACGGAUUAUUGGUGGUCAAGGAGAACAACACCAGCUCAGAUGACGAUGUGUUCGACGAGGAAGAUUCCUCCAAGACUAGAUCGGACAAAAACUUCAGAAGGCUUUUCAAGCAGGCAGGUUGGAAGUUGAUAGCAACUGAAAGACAGAAGGGUGUUCCCAAAGAGCUGUAUCCAAUUAGAAUGUAUGCAUUGAAACCUGAAAACUAG